UGUUCUCUCCCCUCAUCUUUGCGCCGCGUCUCCGCGGUUGGCUUCCCAUCGUUCUUCUAGUGUCCACGAAUAUAUACGUUCCUCACCCCCUAUUAUGGCCUCAUCAGUCUUUUACCGCUUUGCGUCUCGCAAAGAUGAGUCUCGCGUCACUUUCGACGGCACGGGUAUCAGCAUCUUCGACCUCAAGCGCGAGAUCAUCCUCGCGCAUAACAUGAGUAAAGCGAACGACUUUGACCUCUAUGUCUUUAAUCCGGCAACCCAGGAAGAGUACGCCGACGACACCACAAUCAUCCCUCGGUCUUCAUCAGUCAUCGUGAAGCGGCGACCUGCGGCAAGACCUGGAAAGGGAAAGGCAGCAUACUACACUGCUGGCGUAGGGGGCAAUUUGCCUGUCUCUGAGUCGAACCAACGCGGCGGAGGUGGUGGGGGCGGCCCAACAUGGUACAAGGGCGCCAUGUCGAAGCGCUUCGACGGAAAGGACGAAGCAAAAGCCAAUUCCACCGCCACACCCGCCCCCGCCAUGCCUCCUUCUAUCCCCGGCGCUACGGACGACGAAGAAGCUGCGAUCGCCGCCAUGUUCCAGACACAAACAGCGAACUGGGAAGAGGCGCAGGAGAAACUCUCACAUGCGGCGCACGUACCUUUGCGCGGAACAGGCUUCGCUGGACGGGGCAAGCCCAGGACACCGUACGCGGCGCCAGAGAGGCCGCUGCCAGCAAGCUAUGUGUGCUAUAGGUGUGGGCAGAAAGGACAUUGGAUCAAGGACUGUCCUACGAAUAACGACCGUGACUACGACAACCGGCCACGUAUCAAGCGUACAACGGGUAUCCCGCGCAGUUUUCUCAAAGCCGUCGAGAACCCGGACGGCGCGACGCUCGGGCAGGGCGUCAUGGUCACCCCCGAGGGUGGCUACGUCGUUGCCCAGCCAGAUUUGGCAUCCUGGCAAAAGCAGGUCCAACGACCGAAGGGGCUUACGGAAGCGGAAGUCCGCGAGCGACCACCCAGCGACGAGUCGCUGUCGUGCCCCAUCGACAACAAGCUCUUCCGCGACGCUGUCAAGACGCCGUGCUGCGGUACCUCGUACUGCGAAGAGUGUAUUCAGACGCACCUACUCGAGCGCGACUUCAUCUGUCCGAGUUGUGGGAAGAAGAUUCCGUCACUCGACAAGUUGCUCGUGGACAAGCCCGCGCGGACGCGGGUAUGGGACUACAUCGAGCGGACGAUCGAGGAGAGUAAGAAGGGCGAAGGCGAGGAAGGGGAAGAGAAUCAUGAAGACGGGGAACAGACCCAAGUUGACCCCGGCAGCCUCACCGGUUCCGAGCUCGAGCAAAUGGUGCAGAUGCUCAGCCAGAACAUUCCACAGCUUCAAGCGCAGAUCACGCAGGUCUCCCAAGCCCUACAAAACCCCAACCUGCCGCCCCAGGUCCGCCAGACCGCGGAGAUGCAGCAGCAGCAACUCCAGAUGGAGCUCGCUCAGGCGCAGACACUGGGUGCGCUCGCACAGCAGGCGCAGGCGCAGAACAUGGCCAUGGCCGCCGCGUACGGCGCCUCAGGCUUCGUCGGCGGGGGCGGCAGCGGCUUUGUUGGCAAUGGGCAGUCGGGGUUCACUGGUAAUGGCGGCGCGUCUGGUUUCGUGGGCAACGGCGGGCCGUCGGGCUUUGUGGGCAACAAUGGGAUGAUGGGUGGGCAGUCGGGAUGGGUUGGGGGCAAUGGGAGUCAGUUCAAUGGUGGACUGGCUGCGAACAAGAGGCCGCUGAAGCGCGAUCGCCCGUCGGAUUUUACGGAGGUGGCAGGGCAGGCGGACUCGAAACAAGCCAGGUAUUAGACACUGUAUGGUGCAAGUAUUUUCUGAAGGUGCUUGUGUUAUGAUAAUUGUGAUGUGUCGUUGGACGUAGAGGCGUGUAGUCUACGUCACAAAAAUCUAGCGCUCAUCGCAUUCGAACCAUCCUAAAAUGUAUUCAGGCCCACUAGUCCGGUGACCAUUUUGUCAAUGUGACCCCGACCGACCUGCAUGCUGUUUUCGCUUGCCUCGACUUGAAGCGCUGCCGCCGCGCCGCGUACUGCUCCACGUUG